AUAUUAUUUAUUCUUCUUUGAGGGAAUAUCUGAACUGCUGGGACACUGCCAAUCUCAUCUUCUUCUCGAUAUUCUCUCUCUAACUAUCACCAUCCCCUCAGCCUUUACAGUACUCGUAGUCGUAGUAGCUACUAGGACAGCAUCAUCUUCUCUCUCUAGACUCUAGCUACUAGCAGCUAGCUCACUACAGUACGUACUAGCUGUACAGACAGUACAGUGUACACCAUCUCCAUUCCCCCCUCUUCUCCUUUCUCUCAUCAUCCAUCACACGCUCAAACCCAAACACCCAUACAAGAAUGAUAUGCCACUCAUGACCUGAUCACUCGAGUCGACCGCAGCCGGCCAUUGCUACCUCUGUGGCUUACUCUUCUGCAAGCUUUCCUCUUCCUCCUCGGCUUUGAACAACCAAGAAGCUCAGCUCUAGCACACCGUCGUCGACGUUGCAACAAACCCCAACCGCUACCAUGAUCACGACGACGACCACGACGAUGACAGCAGCUCCUGAUCUCUCCCUCCACAUCAGCCCUCCGUCGCCACCGGAGCCGAGGCUGCUGCUGGGGUUGGAACUCGACGACGACACGGCGGCGGAGGCGGCGGCCGCGACGAAGAAGGCGGACGACGCGGCGGCGAUGCGGGAGUACAACAACCUCCAGGUGCAGCGGCGCCAGCUGCACCAGCCAAGCCAGACGGCGGGCCACGGGUUCAAGAGGGGCACGUCGGGCAGCGCCGCCGCCGGCGCCGGCGGGAGGAGAAGUUCCAGGGCGCCGCGGAUGCGGUGGACCACCGCGCUGCACGCGCACUUCGUGCACGCCGUCGAGCUCCUUGGCGGCCACGAGAGAGCAACACCAAAGUCGGUGCUGGAGCUGAUGAACGUGAAGGAUCUUACACUGGCACAUGUGAAGAGCCACCUGCAGCAGAUGUACAGAACAGUGAAGCAGCAGGGCGCAGACAGACCAUGUGUAGCAGCCUGUGCAUGGUCUGAGGAUUCAAGGUCAUGCAUGUGUGUUGCAGUUGCAGGCCAUGGGCAUGCCAGAGACAUGGUCGUCCUUCUCACAACCGGUGUCGGUGAAGGGGAUGCUGGCUUUGUUGACGACGUUUCCAACAGCAACAGCAACAGCAACAACUCAGUCGUCGUCAACAACACCGUCCCUGCUGCCUUCAACAACAACCAUACUGAUAGGUUGGUCUGUCUGUGCACGUGCAGCAGGACGCCACAGUCUCCAGGCGGACGGGAGCAGCAGCAGCAACCGGCGCCGGCGGUGGAUCGUCGUCGAGACGACGCCGCCGCCGCCGCAGCCGCUUGUGCUUGGGUCGUCGGACGGCAGGUCCAGCAUCAGCGGAGCUGCAGCGAAGGAGUGACCAAGCUGCAGGGACUCAAGGUAGGAGAUGAGCGCGUCGACCGUCAUCACGGGGACGACGCCAUCGCGGCCCAUCGUCUCGUGGAGGACGAGGCUCGCGACGACCACGCAGGAAGCGGCGGCGGCUUCCAACAACGGCGGCCGUCGCCGAACAACACGAGCGGCACGGUCUCCAGCUCGGAGUGGCUCAAUCAGCAGCACUGUAGCGGCGUGAUGAGCGUCAGGGUGCUUGGACUGCCGCCUGCGACGCCACCGAGCCUGGAGAUGAGCCUGGGCCGCCAGGGCUGGCAGAUGGAUCAGCAGUGCGGCGGCGAGUUCGAGUUCGACUUCGAGCCCUCCCCGCCGUCGGCGGCCAAAGAGCUAACUCUGCUCAGGUGCUUGUGAAACGACAGACGAUGCAGUGGUGUUGCUUUAAUCUGUUGCUUCUUAAUCAGACUCUAAUCAAGACAACAGUUAGCCACAAAGCCCCAGACAACUAAGACUGUCCUACGUAUUCCUUCACUUUUUAGUUUCUCCUUCGAAAA